AUGUUCUUCGCCGUUGUAUCGUCUCUCCUUCUUUUCACGUCGGCCUUCGCCACCCCAGUGAUGAAACGCGACGAUUACCACGACAACGACGGUGGCUUGAAGAGGAUCUGCCCAAAUCUGAACACUGCGGACCGUGGCUGCAUUAGAUAUGUCAAAGGUUUCGAUGUCACCGGCGUGGUGACAGAGGUUGACCUUACUUUCCCCCUGAUUCGGGAUGAAUGCGACUGCAUCCAGCAGUGCCUCGAUCGACCCAACUCUUGCGCCGCCUGGGUAUGGAAGUUUUCGACACCUCAGAGUGUGCAGUCCGGACAUAGAACAUGCACACUCUACUCCCAGUUCAACCUUCCUACAGAUGUCACGCUUGAGAUUAAUACUGCUCAAUCUGUUGGCUUCGAUCUUCUCCAGCCAGGCAACAAUCCUCAGACUGGUGCUCCCGUUCCACAAGCUUUCAAGGACGUGAAUCUCAAUACUACAGCUGAUCCUGAUGCCGUUUCGGGUGCGGUAUGGCAACUCAUGAAUGGUCAAGCCCUCUGCUAG